AAAGUAUUAUUUAAGGUAUCUUGUUUCCCACCAAUUUGCAUAGAUAUAGACCAAUAUUUUCUAUAAAAAUCUAGAACAUGUCUACUCCAGAAAUUAAUUUCCUCAAGGGACAUCCAACUCAUUCACUUCUUCCUGCCAAGGAGAUUGCUAGUGCUUAUGAAAAGGUUCUUCUCCACACUGAUUACAAAUCGUAUGAGACUGAUCCUUUGAACCAACAUCCACUUUCAUAUGGUACCGAUCCUGGUAACCACGAUACACGUGCAGCCAUUGCAGGAUGGAACGAUAAGUCCUUUGGUAGGUCUGGAACUGACCCAAAUUGUAUUAAUUUGACUGGAGGAGCAUCUUAUGGAUUUGCUAACAUUUUAGCAUCUUUUACAGAUGUUGGUCUGGGGAUUACCAAGAGGGCAUUUAUUGUUUCACCUUGUUACUAUCUUAUCAAUGGUGCAUUUAUAGAUGCUGGAUACGAGGGUAAACUCACCGCCAUCAAUGAAACCCCAGGACAAGAGUACGAAAUUGAUUUGGAAACUCUUGAACAAGAUUUGAUCAAAUACAGUGAAGGCUUGGAAUUACCCAAUGGUAAAGAUAUCAAUGUCUCACUGGAUCCUUGUGGUAGAGGUGAAGCCAAGAAGUACCGUUUCAUUAUUUAUAUUGUUCCAACAUUCUCCAACCCUGGAGGACUUACCUAUUCCGUCAAGACACGGCUAAAGCUUCUUGAACUUGCCAGAAAGUACGACGUAUUGGUGGCUAGUGACGAUGUGUACGAGUUACUUGAUUAUAAGAAUAUCGAGUCUACACCUGUGCCCCGAGUGGUUUAUUUGGAUCGUGACUCACUCCCAUCCUACACUAAAUACGGUAAUUCUAUUUCCAACGCUACAUUUUCUAAACUUGUGGCUCCUGGAUUAAGGGUUGGAUGGCAAGAGUCUGCCACCCCAAAUUUGGUCCAACAACUUGCCACAUCAGGUGCAAACAAGUCUGGAGGUACUCCAGGGCAACUUUCCACUUUUGUAAUUAAAGAAUUUAUUACUACAGGUAAAUUAGAUGAGAUUAUUUCUAAAUUUAAAACUGUUUAUAAAUCUCGUUCCAUCAAGUUGAUUGCUUGUAUUAAGAAAUAUUUACCUGAAAGCACCAAAUUAUUUGGAGGUGAUGGUGGAUACUUCUUUUGGGUUGAUAUUAAUGCUGACAUUGAUCAUAGACUGAUUGUUCGCAAGCUUAAACAAGAUUAUAAUAUCACCUUGGCACUGGGAGAUUCAUUUGAAGUUGUUGGAGAUGGUAGAGAAUGGGGAAGAAAUUGUGUUCGUUUAUCUUUAAGUCUUUUAAACGAACAGCAAAUUGAAGAUGGGAUUAGACGUUGGGGUGAUGUUUUAAGAGGGGAACACCCACAAUUGUUUAAAACAAAAGAAUUCCCUACUGUAUGAUGAAGCAUCAUCUACUUAGUCAUAUAUAAGUUAGAGAUUAUUUAUUAGAAGAAUGACCAAAAUGAGCAUUUAAGCAGAGUCUCAUAGGUUUUAAUUGCAAGAUCAACCUAGAAAACAUUGGGAUUCAUUCAAGGCUUGAAUAACCGUAAUUUUUUUGAUUGAGAAUCCAAUUACAAACUACCAUUGUUAUAGGAUUUAAAAAAUUUCUUGUAAGCCAUACACAUUUUGAGAAUAACUAUUGUAUUGUUAACAUUAAUUAAGUUGAUAAAACUUAUGUUUUUAAGUAAUUCAUAGUAAUUUUAUAUAAAAGACCCAUUUCUUAUAAUUUAAUAUAUAU